AUGCUCAAAGAGGAGCUCCCCAGGUGUCCGUCGAUCUCAUCGGUCGCGUGGGUGGCCAAAGUGCUGGAAGACUUGGAAUUAGAGGAUGACGACGUUUUUGAAGUCAUAGCGUCACAAGUGAAAGACCGCGUUGACGAAUUGGAGCCGCAGGAGACGUUGGACAUUGUGCUGAGUUUUGGUGCCAUCUACUUCAACGAUGAUGAGCUCCUGGAGGCCUUGGCAGGUGCUGUUCGGCGACAGCUUCACUUCUUUACCAACGCUGAGGUUGUCCGCUUGGCGAAUGCCAUGUCGCGCUUGGGAGGGCUGGAUUCGUCCAAGCACGUAGGAAUGUUCUUUGAAAUGCGAUCGCGCGUCAAUAUGCCUUUGAUCGACAAAGCAAUCAGGGAACGAUUGCGUGCUGAAGCUGCAUACUCUGAGCCCAACGAGGACUACAAGAAGCUGGUGUCCAAAGUGAAGCUACCCGAGAACAGCAAGGUCAAAGACAAGUUCAAGAAGACAAUGGCCAAAGAGCUCACCUUGCUGAAGUUCCAAGCAGACAAAGAGGCUGCUCGGCAAGAAGAGAUAAAUCCAGAGCUGCUGAAGGAAGGUCCUACAAUGAAGGAGUUGUUCGACGAGAGCAGGUGA